UUUUUACCAAGCCACAAACCUGCGCCUCUUCCAGCAGGACUGCUAUCUGCCGCAUUAAUAGGCGAAUUUAUGGUCGCAUGUACCCCGUACAUCUCGUCCUUCAAAACGGAGCCACAAUACGGAUUCGAUUCAAAGAGCCGCGUUGUUUGCUGCAGCGUAGACUUUUGCGGCGAAAACCACGAACUCGCCUCAUGCUCCAGGAGGAGGUUGAAGACACAUUCAAUCCUGAUGCCUAUUCUUUCCUUUGGUCGAGGAAACAAACUGGAAAAUGAGCUCUUUGAAUGA